AUGGAAGAACAAAUUUAUGAUGAAAUUUUAGAAAAAUUACCUUCAAAAACUAUAUAUGAUGAAUUCAAUAGUCAAGGAAAUUACGUUAUUAUGAACAGCGUUUGUAAAAGAGAGGAUUAUGAACAAUGCGAUGAUAUAGAUACUUGUCUUAACAUAUGUAAAAGGAUUGAAAAAAAUUUUAAAUCUUUAUAUGAAAUGAGUAAUUCAGGCAAUUAUAAAGAACGUUGUUCACAUUAUAUAUAUUGGGUAUAUAAAGAAAUACAAAAUUUAUUUAAAAGUGAUUCAACAAAAGAUAAAGUAGAAACUGUUGUUAAUGCAUUUCUAAAAUUGCAAUCCUCUCUUACGAGAAAUUACAGAGUAUAUAAUUGUAGUUAUAAUUUUAAGGAGAAAGAUUUAAAUGAAUUGAAAGAUAAAAAUAAGGAAAAACAAUUAUACGAUUAUUUUACAAAUUAUGAUAGUAUUAAAACUAAAGAUAUUUGUAAUAAGUUUGAGUUAAAUAAAUAUAAAAAAUACCUUAAUGCUAUCAAUGUUUUAUAUGAUGAAAAAAAAGAGAAUUGUUGUAAUUCAAAAAUAUUAGUAUGUCCAAAUUAUUUUUUGAAAUGUAGGGAAGAUUUUAAACCGAGUAAACUUUUAUCUGCGUUAGAACUCUCCAAUGAUCAUAGUUGUAAUGUACUUGAAGAUUUUAAAGAAACUAAAACGUCUGAAAAAAAAUUAGAAUCUAGCGAUUUUGAGACAGGUUUUUUGGAGCAAAUUCUUUUUACUAAUUGUCAUAUUAAGAAUACCAGCACAACACUAUCAUGUGGUUUAGUAUCAGCAUAUUCCUUGACACGUAGAAGUGGGAAUGCAGUUGAAAACAAUGAACAACUUAGGAAUAGUGACAUAUCUUCUCCAAAAGAUAAAAAGAGAGAAUCCAUUAUAGAUCUAGAAGUCGAAAAAGAACAUGAAAAAAUUAGGAAAAUAGUUGGUCUUAGUUCAGAAGUAGUCAAUUAUCCAUCUCUUCCAAAAACUGCCUCAUAUAUGGAUAUUAGAUGGAAAUUAGACAAAGAUGGAAAGUUACAUUGUCCUGCUGAGAACCCAGAGAAAGAUACAUCAGUACUUUGCAUGUACGUGGAAGAAUUAGUUAAACGAGGUAUUCUUAUAAAAGAUGAGAAUUCUAGGAUAUACCGAUUAAAGAAAGAUAAAACAUGGGCAACAAAGCCGUUAAAUAUAGUUAUUAAAAGAGAAAGAGGCAAGUACUCAAUACAAAGUUAUUCAGAACGUCUACAAGUUUUAAAGGCUGAUCAAAUAAUGGUUACUGAUGAUAGAAACUCAAUUAGUCAAGAGCAUUAUGGAAAAGAUAAUGAAUCUAAUAUAUUACAGAACAUUUUUUUCCGUGUUGGCACUGCGAUUUCUUUGUUCACUCCCUUUGGCUCUUGUGUAGAUAAAAAUAGAAAAAGGAAAAAAAGACAUAAGACUAAUUUCGUUGAACUAAACACAAAAAGACUAUCGAGGAGAUUCAUAAAACGUACUUAUAGGAAUUCUGGUAGAAGGAGAUUUAGUGUAGUAAAUAUAGAAUAA